AUGUUGGUUAUGGUAUCGACUGUCUCUUACCUGACCGGUGGGAAACGCGCAUUAAGACCAAGGGAAGCAGACCAAGAGGACCCCAAGCUGAUCGAAUACAUCCGACGAGAGUUGUUGAUUCCACCAUCCGUCCAACCUUACAAACUUGGUCGCCCUGAUCUCGACCACCUUUCUCAGUUCAACCAGUCAAAAAUCGCCAACGAAAUGCUCAAAGGAAUGAAAGGUGGAUUCUUCAUUGAAGUUGGUGCCGCCGAUGGAGAAAGCCUAAGUAACUCGAUCUUCUUCGAGAGGCAACUUGGGUGGAGGGGUCUGCUGAUCGAGGCAACGCCAAGUUAUAUUGAAGCGCUGAAAAAAAAAAAUAGAAAUGCCUACAUCAUUCACGCCGCUCUUUCUGUGAACAAUUAUGCUUCUGAAGUCACCUUCCAAAAUAAUCUAGGAUUUGGCGGCAAGUUGGGCAACACUGGUGUUAAGGUGAAGGGAAUUCCCCGUUUCUCUAUUCUUCGAGCCUUGGAUGUCAAAAUAGUCGAUUGGAUGUCAAAAUAG